AUGCCUGAAGGAUCUAUCACUGCUGGUGUUGCUGAUGCACAAAGCAAUCCAAAAUAUGAUCCAAGUCAUCCCUAUCACCUCACUUCUUCAGAUUCUCCUGGAACAAACCUUGUUAACACAGUCUUUGAUGGUAGAGGGUUUCCAGGAUGGAGAAGGUCAAUUCUGAUAGCUCUUACUGCAAAGAAGAAGCUGGGUUUUAUCAAUGGAACUUGCAAAAGUCCAGAUCCAGAGUCACCAGCUUUCUUGCAGUGGACUUCUUGCAAUGACAUGGUGACUGCUUGGCUGUUGAACUCUUUAACAAAGAAAAUUGUUGAUAGUGUGAUGUAUUCAACAUCAGCAAAGGAAAUCUGGGACAGUCUCCAACAGAGGUUUGGAAAAUCAGAUGGAACAAAGCUAUAUCACCUACAAAAAGAACUGAGUAUGUCAGUUCAAGGUAACUCUAGCAUUUCAACAUACUUCACUAAACUCAAAAGGAUAUGGGAUGAGUUAGAUUGUUUGAACUCUGAUAUUGUGUGCACUUGCACUUGCACAUGUGAGGGAAAAGAGAAGUUAUCUAAAUUUGUUCAGGAUCAAAGGUUGAUCCAUUUUCUAAUAGGGUUAAAUGAUGUGUAUACUCAAGCUAGAGGGAAUAUUUUGAUGAUAAACCCUCUCCCUAGCAUGAACACUGUUUAUUCCUUGCUACUUCAAGAUGAAAGUCAAAGAGAAGUUCAUAUGAGUGCACAAGUUUUUUCAGAUUCUUCUUCUUUCAUGGUUGCAAAUCAAGGAAAACCUAACUUUAGAGGAGCAGGACAAUCUUCUAGAACACAAAUCUAUUCAAAACCUGCAAGCUACCCAUAA